ACAAUUUUGUUCUAAAUUGUAUGACGCUCGUUAUAACACAAUAAGUACAAAUUUACUGUCUUUGUAACUCCCUACAUGGGUUGGAAGCUACCUUUAGGUUGAACUGUGUAACUAACUACAAAAACUUACUUUUAGGAUUUGUUUAAUCGAUAAUUUGGUAUCCACAGCUCCUCGUACCUAUAUUGUUCCAUUCUGGUUUUUUUACAUUGACAUUGUAAAAUGACGAGUUCGAAUUCUGAGACGGAUUCUUCGUCGAUGUUCUUUCAAAAGGGUGAUGGAAUCAGAAAAACAAGAAGUCCAACACGUUCAGAUGCUUCUUCGAGGCGAAAUUCCAGUAUUGGAACUGACACCCCAGCAGAAAUCAUCACAGUGAAAGACUUUUUUGACUUUAUGAAGACUGCCUAUCAAGUGUACGAACAUUUGGAAGGCGAGGAAGAUGAAAGCACCAAAAUCAACUGGGAGGAGCUGACCAAAUUGACUGUGAUAAAUCAUGUCAUAGAGCAAGGAGAAAGGGACUUAUUGACACAGACAAUGAUUGCAGAACCAAAGCAAACUGUUAGCAAGAGCGAUACCGCACUUGAAAAGAAAGUUGAAACUGAACGUUUGGACAAACGUUACAGCUGUUGCGAGCUUGAAGGGAAAAAUAGAACAAAAUCCUUACCGCCCGAAGCUAGAGUAGAGAUGCUUGGUAUUUGGACUGAAGCUAAUUUAAACUGUAAACUUAACGAUGCGAUAAAUGAAGGAGUUUUGGAUUCUAUACUUCCGUACAUAGGCUACAAAAAGCCUUCAAAAACCACGAGUGCUUACACUCCAAUUAUUAAAAAAUCUUCAACAAAUGCAGCAGAUAAUAUUAAAAAACUUGCUAGUUUUGGAGGUUUUGUCCACGAAAAAGAAUCAAAAGAUCGCCUUGGGAGGCGAAAGUCUUCAGUAAUUGCUGCACAGGAACAACGGGCGCUUAUGCAAUCUCUGAAACAAGAGGGCGAAGUAGAAAUACAUGUUUGUGACGAAAUGAAAGGUCUAAAGAAGGAUUUCAAAUGUCCUCAAAAAUUGCUUGUCUCCAAAAUGGGGUACUUUGCUGAUGUUACGGCCGGUCAAAGGCUCGAAGAUAUGGACAUUUCUGUGCAUUGCGACAUACAAAUCUUUGACUGGUUGAUGCGGUGGGUAAAGCGUGACACGAUCUUGGUGGCAGACUGGCCUCUACUCGACCCUCACAAUGUGGUGCCCAUUCUUGUGUCAGCCUCCUUCCUACAGAUGGAACCGUUGCUACACGAUUGUUUGAUAUACUGCCAUGCGCACAUGAGCGAGAUUGUGAAGACGUCUACCAACUUGGCUUGUCUGAGUGACGCUUUACUGACGAGGUUGGCAGCAAUGUACACAAACGCGGAGCUGGAGGCGAUUAAAGAUCGUAAGGAUAAGAUCCAGUCGCGCCUUUACUGCAAGAUGAUCCUCUCACUGGCCGAGCCCGUGCCGGAAACCCUGCGAGGGCACUAUGCUACCCUCGCCACGCUCUUCAAGUGCAAUAAGUGUAACAAGCUGCUUGGUCGUCAGAUUGCUGAGAAUGUUCCUUGUCAGCCUUCCAGCAUGCGCAUUGAUCGUCGCGGAAACGUGAUCUCGCAUCACACCAAGGAUACAACAUGGCGAUUGAACGAGUACGUAACAUGGUUGUAUGGCGAGCUGCGGUCGUGGCGGCGCGUGUAUUGGCGACUUUGGGCCGACAGCCACUUCCUUCGGUGCCAGCUUUGUGAUAGCUACUUUCCUGCAUACCAAGAACAGCUUCUUUUAGCUAUAUUUGUUAAGGCCAGUCAAAGUUGA